CCGCCGACCCCGCACGCGCAGCUAACCUGCUCCGAAGCUAGGCUAGCCGCUUAGCUGCGAGCGACGGACAUGUUGUGCCAACCCUCGCUGGAAUAAACGUCUUGGGCAGCAGGUGCGAACAGGGGGGACGUCGUUGCGGGGUGGGGCCGCUGGACCACCAUGGACGCUGUCAACGCCUUCAACCAGGAGUUAUUCUCCUUGAUGGACUCGAAGCCGCCAAUUUCUCGCGCCAAGAUGAUCUCCAUCACCAAGUCGGCCAUCAAGGCUAUGAAACUUUACAAGCACGUGGUGCAGAUUGUGGAGAAGUUCAUUAAAAAGUGUAAGUCCGAGUACAAGGUGGCGGGUCUGUACGUCGUGGACUCCAUCGUCCGCCAGUCACGGCACCAAUUUGGCGCCGACAAGGACGUGUUCGGGCCACGCUUCACCAAAAACAUUGUGGCCACCUUCGAGAACCUCUGCCUCUGCCCCAUGGAGGACAGAAGUAAGCUGGUACGCGUGCUGAACCUUUGGCAGAAGAAUGGCGUUUUCAAGAGCAACGUCAUUCAGCCCCUCCUGGACAUGGCCGCCGGCGCCAGCAGCGACGCCGCGCCUUGCGCCGAAGAUCCGGCUUCCUCCCCGCUGACCCCGACCAAAGACCACGCGGUGAACUCUGCCGCGGCGCCCUGUGCCCCGCCGCAAAAACAGGACCCCUUCACCGCCGUGGCGCAGCUCUUCCAGUCCACGCAGGGUCAGCAGCUGCAGCAGAUGCUUCAGAACUUCCAGCAGCAGCCCGUUCAAGCGGAAGCCGCCCCUCAGCCUGCGCUGCCCGCCCCCCACUCGGACACCCCGAGCGUGGCCCCGGUUUUGGGCAAUGCCCUCCCGCCGCAUGCGCCCCAGGCCGGCCAGCAGAAGACGGCGUUUGACAAGAUCCUGUUGGAUCGUUUUGACUACGACGACGAGCCCGAAACGGGAGAGGACGCCAAGGAGGACGUCUCGCAGACCACCUUUAUGCAGCAGCUUCCAGCCUUCCAGCCACCGACGAUGAACAUGACUCAGGACCCCCCCCAACAGGGUCUUCUCCCUCCCAACGGCCAACUCCCGGCCUACGGUCUAGUGCCGGGACAAGGCUUCCAAGGGAUGACGCCUCAGAUGGGCCAAGUGGUCCCGGGCCAGCCCUUCUCUGGUCCCGCGGGACAUCCUGGCUUCCCGGGAGGUUAUCCUCCUCCUCCUCCUUCUCACUCGGCCCAGCAGCAGCAGGAUUCAACCGUCGAUUCGGACCGUUCCUCCACGAGGGACGGCAAGCAUGGCCAAACGUCACGAUCGGGCUCCAGGUCCCCGAAAAGAAGGCGAUCGCGGUCCAAUUCCCGCACGCGGCGCUCCCGCCACCGGCGUUCCCGCUCCCGCGACCGACGCCACCAUUCCCCGCGCUCUCGCUCGCAGGAGCGCCGGGAAAGGGAACGCGAUCGGGAGCGACGUCAAAAAGGUCUCCCGCCGCCCAAGAGCGAGACGCUGAGCAUCUGCAGUACCACUUUAUGGGUGGGCCAGCUGGACAAGAGGACUCAGCAGCAAGAUGUGGCGAGCUUGCUGGAGGAGUUCGGCCAGAUCGAGUCCAUCAACAUGAUCCCUCCGCGGGGGUGCGCCUACAUCGUCAUGGUCCACCGGCAGGACGCCUUCAGGGCCCUGCAGAAGCUCAGUCGAGGCGCCUACAAAGUCAACCAAAAAGCCAUCAAGAUCGCUUGGGCUCUGAACAAAGGCAUCAAGGCCGACUUGAAGCAGUUCUGGGACGUGGAGCUGGGGGUCACCUACUUGCCCUGGUCCAAAGUCCGCGAGGAACAGCUGGAGGAGCUGAAGGAAGGCGGAAUCCUGGACGGGGACACUUUAGCGCCAGAUUGGAGGACCGCGAAGAAAGCUCUGGAGAACCCACAGGAGCUCACCCACAACGGCGGUGCUGAGUCGCAGCAGCCCGAGGACGCCCACGUGUUGACUCCGCUUCAUCCGACGCAGGUUCCGCCGAUGCUCGCCAUGAGCUCGGUGCCUCCGCCCGGCUUCCCCGCCAACAUGAGCAUGCCGCCGCCUUCCUUCCCACCCGGCAUGCCCCCGCCGCCAUUCAUGAGACCGGGCUUCAACCCCAUGCAGAUGCCUCCAGGUUUCCCCCCGCCCGGGGCCAUGCCUCUCUCCAUGCCGCCGCCGCCGCCGCCCUCCAAAGGGGACGACAUGCCUCUGGUUAGCAGGAAGCACGAGGAGGUCCCGGACGCUCCCAACUUCAGCAUCCAGCCCCAGCCGGGCGGUUUGCUGGGGGCCCGGCCCGGUAUGAUCCCGCUGCAGCGGCCCCCGGGCCCUCCUCUGCUGCACGUUCAGCGUUUCCCGCCGCCGCCUGUCCCGCCUCAGAUGGUUCCCAGGGGCUCGCACCCUCCCCCGAUGCGCCACGACACCCCUCCGCCGAAAGGAGCCUUUGGGAUGCCCCACAGCAUGAGGCCGCCCUUCCCACCUCACGGGCCACCCCCUCAAGGUCCGCCCCCUCACGGCCCGCCGCCUCAAGGCCCGCCUCCUCAAGUUCUACCUCCUCAAGUUCCCCCUCAUCAAGGUCCGCCCCCUCAGGGUCCCGCCCUUCAGAGUCCCCCUUUCAUCCGGCCCGGCGCCCCACGUGUGAUCGAGGACGAUGACGGCCGCCCUUUUCGGGGCGAGCGUUCCGGAUUCAGGGAGCGGGAGCCGGAGAGAGAGCGGGGAUUCGGUGGCGCCGCCAGGCGCCCGUUUGGCGGCGACCGCUCGGACGCCAGGGACCGACUGGACGGUGGCGGAUGGGACAGAGACAGACGGGACUGGCGAGACCGGGAGAACGGCAGCAGAGAGGCCCAGGAGAAAGGGAAAGAAGGCGAGCGGCCUAAGCGGCGGGAGAGGGCCAGCCGGUGGGAUCGCGACGACCGCCUGGCUGAGCUGGACAAAAUGGACAAGGUCCGGACCCUUGACGCCGUUGCCGCGGGAACAGCCGAAGCGCCCCGAAAGACUGUCGAGUCGGCACCUCCCGCUGCCGAGUCUUCCAAGGCAGCGCCGCCCUCUGUCGAAGCCAAAUAGGAAGCGACGUCGUAGCAGGUGCUCUGUCUCCCUCUAGCUGCAACUACGUGAACUGUGACUUGAGCGCCAAGUGAACAUGUUGCCUCGUUUCCCUCCCUGUACAUUGUGUGAAUGCGGCAUGGCCAUUUUACUUGUGCUGCUUUCAGCUUUUACCUAUUUAAUCAAGUUUGUAGAUUUCUUUUUAACUUCAUGCUUUUCAGCCACUCCAUCCCAAAAUACAUUUUCAAGUGCUACUUCAUCAUCUUCAUUAUUCUUUUCUUUGUUAAGGUGGGUAAGGAUUGCAACUAACAGUUAGAUUAAGCGGAAUAUUAUUUGUCAAUUUAUCACCGAAUAUGAAAAAUACAGGAUUUCCAUCACAUCUGAUUUGGUUAAAAAAAUGUCAAAAUGUCAAAUUGUUAUCCAAAGUCAAAUCAGAUGUUUGUAAAAGUCAUAAUUGAACAGAGAUCGUCAGACUGCUUUCAUGGACUGUAGAAAACGGAAUAUUUAUAGUUCAGAUGAGAAAUGCUGAGGAUUUGCACAGUUUACAUUAAACGAGUUAUCGGAAACAAUCAUCAAAAUUGUUGAUUAAAUUAAUUAGAGCUUGAUCAAUUGAUUGAUUCGUGCACCUCUUGGGUACAAAGUGGCAUUCAUUUUGAGCACCUUGCUUGCAUGUUUACUUUUGACCCUCCUAUUGACUGAGUUUAAACAAAUCUUGAAACAUUUUUAAAAGUUUUUGGGCGUAAUUUUUUCCUGUCAGUCUGAUUUGGGGGAUUAUUUUUUUAAAUUGGCACGUUUUGAGUUCAUGUGAACCAUUUUAAAGUGGAAAUAUCUUAGGCUAAUAUUUUUAAAAAUGUCUUAUGCUGGUCUAGCUUUUUUUUUAAAAAAAAAUCCUCCACAAGGGGCUAAAAGUUGGGCAGGGGAGGGUCACACCGUAUGUAACAUUUUAAGUUUCACAAAUGAGUCCUACUUGGAGUGGAAAGUAAAUUCUUAUGUGAAUGCCCAGAACAUUUGCAGUCUUUUCAUCUUAUGUAAUUUUUAAUACUACAAAAUUAAUCUGCCUAAUUAUCCGAACAAUGCCUGAGGCACUCCUAACUAAUUGUCAGUCAUUCUCAAGUUUUUCCAAAGUAGGUUGUUGCUGUUGUUUUGUUUUUUUCCUCACACUUCCUUGUUUGUUUUAUUGUUGUUUUUGUUUUGCAUUGGCAAACUACUGUAACAUCCGUAACACCUGCCCCAUUACUUGAAUCAUUUGAAUCCAGAAGGAAAAUCGAGUCAAAUGACAGCUCGGGCUCUCCACUGUAAAUAUGCUUUUCACUGUCACUAGCUGGCCGUUAUCAUGACGAUGCUCCUCAUUUGUCCACCGACAGCACAGCCUUUGAAGGACCCAGAAGGAAUCGUAACUUUUGCUUUAAGCUCUUUGGCCGUGUGAACGGCUUUGUUAACCCUUCAAAAAGACAUCGAUGUAAAGUGUUCAACAUUUCAGCCACAAAAAAAUGUUUUUAAUAAACUAUUUUUGUACCAAA